AUGCCCGGCACCACCACCGCCUCCACCUCCACCGCCGCUGCCGCUGCCUCCACCACCUCCACUGCCGCCCCCACUCCCGUCACCACCCCCACUGCCACCACCACUGCCUCCACCCCCUCCACCGCCUCCACCGCCUCCACCGCCGCCCCCUCCGCCCCCGCCACCACCCCUGCCCCCUUUGCCCUUGCUGUUGCGGCGCCUCCCACUAGGAGCAGACGCAGCCCCGACCUCCUCAGUGCCAACGAGGUCGACAGCAGCAGCAGAAGCAACAGAGGGGAGAAGGGGGACGGGGGAGAACCCCUCAAAGAAAGGGGCGCGGGGGUCGCCGCGAGAAGCACCUACAGCAACAAUACUCUUCUCUGCUGCAGUAUGGCGCGUCUCAAGCAGGUCAACGGUGAGCUCAGUGGGGCAAAGGGAGAGAAAGUGGUCCCUGACUGA